CGAUAAGUCUGUGCUCUCCCGCCAGGCCGACGACAUCCUCUGCUCUAAGGUUCUGAUGGCCUCGGUUACGGCAAGCCUUGGCCUUGGCGAGCUGGUCCAGAGGAUAGAGCUGUAUGACUCGGAGAAGAAGAAAGCCGAUGAAGCAUUGGCUGAGGCCCGAAGGCAGCUCAAAGAGGCCGAGGACGCUCGCAAAGCUGAGCAAGAGGCUUUCAAUGAAAUCCUCGAGAGCUCCAAGACGGUGGCCAGGGCCGAAGGCAAGGCAGAGGCGGAGAAGGCUACGGCCGAUGCUGCCAAGAAAGCCGCGAAGGAUGCCGAGGAGGCCCAGAUUAAAGCCGUCGCCGAAGCCCGGGAUGAUGCUGUUGCCGCUUUCGCUGAGGAGGGAUGGAAUGCUC